GAGACCCCGCGCUCGUCGCGCCCAGGCCCAGCGGCCGUCGCUAGCGCCCCGCCUAAGAACCUCCUCGCUCCGGCGGCGCGGGCACCAGGAGCCGAGCCUCGCAGCGGCCGGAGGGGAGGCGAGCGAGCGAGCCCGAGGGGUGGCCGGGGGCAGGUCACGGCGCCGUGAAGAUGGUCGCCAAGCAGCGGAUUCGUAUGGCCAACGAGAAGCACAGCAAGAACAUCACCCAGCGCGGCAACGUCGCCAAGACCUCGAGAAAUGCCCCCGAAGAGAAGGCGUCUGUAGGACCCUGGUUAUUGGCUCUCUUCAUUUUUGUUGUUUGUGGCUCUGCAAUUUUCCAGAUUAUUCAAAGUAUCAGGAUGGGCAUGUGAAGUGACUGACCUUAAGAUGUUUCCAUUCUCCUGUGAAUUUUAACUUGAACUCAUUCCUGAUGUUUGAUACCCUGGUUAAAAACAAUUUAGUAAAGCAUCCUGCCUCAGAAUGACUUUCAUAUCAUCCUUCAUGUGUCAUUCCAAGGUUUCUUCACAAGUCAUUCCAAGUUUUCUAGUCCAUACCACAGUGCCUUGCAAAAGCACCACAUGAAUAAAGCAAUAAAAUUUGAUUGUUAAGCUAUAGUAGUGGACCCUACUUAUUCAGUCAGUAAGGUUUUUUUUUUUUUAAUGUGGUUAUUAAAACAGUAUGCCAUAUGGAUAAUUAGAUUAAAUCUGUGUAGACAGGGUCUAGAUUUUGUUUACCCUACCAUGUAAACGCAGUUGGCUUAAUUUAAAAUUUGGAAUCUUAGGUUUUAUAUAGCUAGGCACUUUAUUACUCUCUCAGAUUGAAAGCACACUCCCUUAUAGGGUCAUGUAACUGUCCUGUAAUCAGGUGCUUAUAAAAGGAACAUCCGCAAAGUUAGCCUAGUGUUCCCACGACCUUUAGCACCUAAAAAUCUUUAAAAGCUUCUAAAUGCCUAAUAUAGAGGGAGAUGCUUAUAGCCACAAUGUCUGUUUUAACAAUAUCGUUUCUAUUACACUACCUUGGAUUUUGCAUGAAUAAGUUUAAUAAUCUAAGAUACCGUUAAAAAAAAAAAUUUUAGUUGAGCAUUUUGUAACGUGGUCACUUCAAUUAUAUCAAAAGCUACCAUGGUGGAGUGAAGUCAGGGAAGGCUUGUUUAAUGUCCCAUGAAUCAUUUCACGAGGAUAAGUUUACUCUGCCACAGGGGCUUCCUAUUCUAGACAAAAUUUGAGGGACAGAAACUAAAACUGGAUGCCUCGUCAGGACACACUGUGGAGUCCAACGUGCCAUAAGAAAUCUUAGUAUGUUAGUAGCACUUUUAAUACCAAAAAAAGGCACAUUGACUAAAAAGUUAGACUUAGUUUAGAAAUGCUUUUUCUAGUAUUCUGGAAAUACUGUUAGGGUACCAGAUACGUCAGAGUAAAGUAGCAUCUGGAAUUAAAUGGAUUUACUGAUCAGGAUCAAUCCUUAGUCUUCCCUUUGUUGUAUGAUUUUAUAGAUUAUAGUUGAUCAAAUUUUCUUUUUACUAAUGGUAAGGGUGAUAAAGCAGGUUUUAGGUUUUCUAGUCCUAUUGAAAACUGCAAGUAUUGGCAAUUUAUAUUUACUCAGCCAUACCUUCGUGAAGAAAAGCCUGAGCAGUGUCUACGUCACAGUGAGUUGGAAAGAAAGCUGCUCAUGUUUGCUUUGUUCGUUGCCUCAGGAUGUCUCUUAAAAUAAGCUGUUAUAAGAGGAACAGAAGGGAAAUCUGCUACCUAGUCUAUACACAGUAUAAACCUCAUACAGGGCUUCUGAUACCCUCAAAUAUGGGGGGGGAGUUCCGGAGAGGCGUGAUUAAUGACAUUUAAAACGUUAGCUAAUCUCGAGUGGGGAAGGAAUCAGCUGACCCCGGGCCAGCAGGUUUCUAACCGAAUUGUCACCUGCCCUUCUCACCCAGUAAAUCAAUCCUUGUACUUGCUUCUCUUUGAAACAAGUAGCUUGGUAAACUAUUUUAUUGUAACUUUAAAAAAAAAUGAAAAUUAUUGCUCUAAAUUCAUAGCAGGUGCCUUAUUCUUUGCUUUGAGUCUAAUCAUUCCAUAUCAGAAUUUCCCUUGGUUUACUCUAGAUAAUUGGCUUUAAGAUGGUCUUUGUUCUUUUAAUGUACAAUGUUGUGAUCGAUUUGACUGUUAAACUGCUACAGCCGGCAUUCGUUCCACACGUGUAAAAUUGCAUUCCCUUUGUAGUCCAUGUGUAAUCUCCCAAUUGAGUGCAUUUUAUACUCAGGUUGGAGUUUGCAUGUUUGGGUAAAUGAAAGCUGUGUCUUAUUUGGUUUAACCCUUUAAAAAUAAAGUUCCCUGAAUAUUUGA